AUGGAUGAGAAAACAGCUAUUAUAAAACAAAUAUUUUCUGAUUACAAUAAUUCAUUGCAAAUUCAUACUAUAUCUCGUCCAUUACUUGGUUAUUCAAAUUCAGUUUAUUUCAUCACAUUUCUCAAUGCUUCUAAUAUGGAACUGGUUUUAAAAUUUACUCAACCCGGUGACAUUACCGAAGUUCUUUUCUAUCAAACAUUGAAUCGCUAUCCCACUGAAUAUUUUCCUAUACCACAAGUUUUAAAAUAUGAUUCAAUCGUUCAUAAUUACUAUAUAUCUUCAAAACUACCUGGUUUUCCACUAUCACAAGUGUUAGAUUCUAUGACACAUGAACAACAACUAGAAAUUUAUCGAGCAUUGGGCAUGCUCGUAGGACAGCUACAUUCAAAGCACAUUUAUGAAAAAUGUAGUCAUUUACAAAGUCAACAAUAUGCUAGCUGGAAACAUAUGUUUAGUGAUAUAAUUCAAAAACAAAUUACAUUAUUCAAUGGGACGAUAUUUGAGGAACUUGGAAAUAGAAUUCACAAAUAUUUGAUUGACAAUUUGCAUUUAAUUGAUUAUCAUAUAGUACCAAGAUUAUUACAUAUGGAUUUACAUUGUGGUAAUAUUUUAGUUUCUAAUACAAAAAUUACAGGCAUUUUAGAUGCUGAAGAUGCAAUUAUAGGACAUAAUGAAUAUGAAUUAAUGAGAAUUGAAAAGGCUCAUUUUGAAGAGAAUAAUAAAAAUGAUUAUCGAGAAGAAUUUAUGUCUAGUUAUAAUUGUUAUGUUAAAUUAGAUGAUGGAUACGGAGAACGACGACAAAUGUAUUCAUUAUCGAGAGAAUUAGUUGGAAUGAAAUGUUUGUUAGAUUAUGGUGAUAAAUAUGCACAGAAUGGAUCUGUAGAAGAGGAGAAGAAAAAUAUGGAAGAUAAAAUAAAACGUAUUAUCAAUAUGAAUUGA